AUGUCUCAUUACUCGAAAACCACUAUGGAUUACCAAUACGAUGAUCAGCAGCAACAAACAAUUAUGGAUUCCCAAUACGAUAAUCCGCAGCAACAACGACAAAGUCAAAGCAAAGUUAGCGAAGAACAAAGAGAGGCUAUCCGUAAACAGAACGAAAAAAGAGAGCACAAGAACUAUGAACAGCGAAAGAAAAAGGAACGUCAAUAUGCAGAAGCUCGAGUCAAUGGAAGGGUCGAUGAGGAAAAAGAUCGUCCCCAAGGCAAGAAAGCCAGUGAACGCCGUUAUGGAAAGAAUUCUUCUGGAGAAACGAGCGUGAGGAAAGGUGUUCAUUGGAAAUAG